GUUUCUACUUUGUUCAGUCCGAAGAUUUUGUAUUCACCAUCUUCCGAUAUUCUUCUUCUGCUAGUGCUGAAUGGCUGCAUAAGCUGGAUUUAGUACCUGUUCUUGAUAAAUCGGUACAUCAUCUACCAUCAAGUACAUAUGACUUUGAAACGUAAGGGGGACGACGCGGAGGAAAUGACAUCUCGGGAACGGAAGAAACUCAAAGUUGCAGGUGCUCGAACAAUUGCAGUUCAACCAAUUGUGUCAGCAAGUGGCAGUGGGACUGUCCAAUCUUCAGGAAACGCGCUCGCUGGACCGUCAAGCACCACCGUUCGAUUUGAUUCUAUGCAGGGGUUACCCGCGUCAAUCGAUGUGGAGAGGUUUACAGAGGCUCGAGCGUAUGAGAUCGAUGCCAUGCAGAAAGCGAUCAAGACAGCAGGUGAAAGUGUGACUCAUCGCGUAUGGCAGACUUUGCCCCGCCAUCUACGACGAAGGGCAGCUAGCCAUGAUGUCCGCCGGGUCCCCUUGCGCUUGCGAGACAAAGCGCGCGCCGAGAUGGUUCCUGUCACGCGGCGCAUACUUAAGCGUGGACGCUCUAAGCAGGGGAAAACAAAGCAAGUGAGCCGCACUGAAUCGCUCUUGAAGCGACAACGCGAUAAGACCUGGCUUGAGACUCAUAUCUGGCACGCUAAACGGAUGAAAAUGGAAAACAUGUGGGGAUACAGACUCGCAAUAACACCGACAGAGAAAUCAUUUCGUCCCUCACACCGAGCCUCCGUGCAUGGCUCAAUCCUCCAUGAUUCAUCGUAUCACUCACUGAUAGAGCUCAAGGGGCCCGAAAACAUCCUUCGAAAUGUGUUUGAUCUUUGCUGUGAUCCGCAGUGCACUGGAAUGAAGCGAUCCAUGUCCGGUUCUCGCGUGCUCGAGACGGACCUAUACAAGACAGGAAGCUACCCCUUUGACUUGAUUGCACCGGUAACGAUUAUGUGGCGACCGUUACCUGUUGGCUCAGCACCGACAAACGCGUCCUCGGCGGAAAGCUCCUCUAAACGCAGGCGCAAAGGAAAGAAUAAUGUACCGGCUGCCACAGCUCCUCAGAGCUCCACGAGAGCAGUCUGGGUGCGUUCGCACCCUGCAGUGUUCGACGAUGUCUUCGGAUCGUUACAACAAUCUGCUUCUUUAGUCCUUGAGGCUGAAAAACAGCGACAUGAAGAUGUGUAUGCCGAAGUAGAAAUAGCCGAUCGGCGAGGUAGUGUCAAUGCUUUCGAAAUCAUGGGACCCAAGGCAAGUCAGGUCAUCAAAGGCGCUCUGUCUCCAGUCGGAGAUGAUGAUAGGCAGGAAUUCAAAAAGUUCUGGUCGUCCCUGACUGAUCUUCAGACUACUGCAUCCUUACCGCGCGGAAUCAUUAUCGGAAUGAAAGUCCUUGACCCACGAUUGAAGUUUCCGCCCAAGAAUGCUAAACCCAGAACGAACGAUCAACACGUCGUGACCCCUGCAAUGACGUUCCCUGCCGCCAUCCUUGCUCAAAGCGAAAUUUGGGACGAAGAAAAGCGUUCAGCGCUCAAAAAACCUACGUACAAGAAGAAAGACCUUGAUACGCGCCGCUCCAAGAAUCUUGUUCCGGGCACGCCUCUGAAUCCCAUUCGCCAGGACGACCGCAUCCCACUGCUGCUUAUCCAACGCUCGUUUGAAUCGCCAUCCAGCACUCAUGGCAUCCACGGCUGGACGCUUGUUUUUCCCGCCGGGUGGGGCAUGCCUUUCCUCCCCUCCCUGAUACACACUGGCACACGCGUCGGCGGGCAGCGCGAGCGAAGCUCGCAAGCAUUCGAGGCGGGCACUGCAUGCUUUCCUAGAGAUUUUCCUUGCACAGAGUUCUACGAGAAGCAUUGGGACGAGCGCGCCAUUAAGGAGAAAGCGAAGUGGGACAGGACGCCGCCAGCAAAGAGGGCGAAUCACAAGAAACUUGGUACCCGUAGCCCAUGGCGGGCGGAUUGGGAGGUUGUACUUGGACUCCCCAUGGCGCCUGACAUAGAUGAGAACUUGGUGCCAGCACAAAGAGGGCCUCAGGAUGCAAUGGAGGUCGACAUAGCACCAACCGUUCGCCCGUGGUUGCUCCGUGGUCCCGAAGUGCCGACUAUCCUCGCAAAAGUAACACAAAUGUUUAAUCAUGGCGCAGGUCUCCUUGCAGAGGUCAACAGGUUGCGGACGAAACGUGGCAUGGAUGUACUCGAUGCAAGUCAUCGCCCCGAGGAUCUCCUAAAAGGGGCAUUGGUCAUGGUCCGUGCGAAGAUGGUUAGUCGGGGCGCCCCGAACGACCUUGCCAAUAUCUACCGCAUUAAUGACGUCGAAGCUAAGAAAAUCAUCAAGGAGAAGGGCAAGACGCGAGAGGGUGCAGAUGUGAAUCAGCCACCCGAGGCUCCUCCUCCCCAUGCGUCUAUUAUUGGGUAUGUUACCAGUGGCAACAUGUCCUUGUCUCGCGGAGAAGGCUUCGCUAUUGGCGCUGUCCCAGUGUCAGUCCUGCUAGAAUUGCAACAGCAGUCACAGAGGAAUGGAGAGUCUCGUCCACUGGUUAAAAUUCGCGACCGUGCUGGGAUGAUUUGCCGGGCUGCAUAUCUUGAGUUACUUGACUCAUGAUUAGUACUAUUUUUACAUGUGUUUCGCUAAUUGCAUUCUGCCUAUCGAGUGAAGGCAAUUCACUACCACGUAAGAGCUCA